GGCCAUCUAAGUCAAUAUAUGGCAAUGGAGCAGUCAGGGUCUGAAGAGAGUCAGAACCUUUCAAUCCAUGAACGCUUCAAAACUGACAUUCCUUCCAUCAGAGAGCUGGAAUGUAUUUUGGACAGCUGCAGGAUGGAAUUAAACCAUGUGGAUGAAGUAUGGCCUAAUCUCUAUAUAGGUGACAUGUUGAUAGCACAUGACAAGAAGGAGCUGCGGAAACUUGGCAUCACUCAUGUCCUGAAUGCUGCACAUUCAGCAUGGGGAAGCAAAGGGGACCAAGGUUUCUAUGGCCCAGAAAUCCAUUAUCAUGGCAUAGCUGCAGAAGAUUCCACUGAUUUUAACCUUCGCAUGCAUUUCUACCCUGCCUCCAAAUACAUUAACAAAGCACUGAAUGUUUUGAAUGGAAAAAUCUUGGUUCACUGUGUGCUUGGUAAAAGCAGAUCUGCCUCUCUAGUGCUAUCUUAUCUUAUGAUCUACCAUCACUUCUCACUAGCUGAUGCUGUCGAAAAAAUUAUCCAGCACCGAGCCAUUUUCCCAAACCGAGGGUUCCUGAAACAGCUACAGGACCUAGACAUUGAACUGCGCUACAAAAUAAAAUUGUGUGAGCUUUUAUAACCUGAGGGAAAAGGAAAGAUCGAUAUUGGCUAAAUACAAAGGAAGCAUCCCAAACACAAUCAUUAAGCAUAAUGAAGUAAAAUGAUGAUGAAAUUAAUAGGGAGCAAAACUCAUGUGCCAAAGUCUAUCCCAGCCCUAAAAGUUGGGAAGAUUUUAGAUCUGGCUCUGAAUUUCACAUCUGGCUCCUCUCUGUUGAGUUAACCUUGGUUUGACCAACUCCAGGUAGAGCUUUUUUAACUAACUUGGGCCUGCCUCCUUAUUGACCCUUGAUUUGCAUGCUCUACCAGUCUGGGACUGUUGUAGGAUUCUAGUUUCAGAGUAACCCUUCCUGAAGAAAACCCUGAAUUCCUAUGUCUUUGUUGGGCAUAGGAUGCUUUAGUUAUAUUAGGGAGUGGGGAUUUUCAGGGAGCUUGAGGCUUCCCACUUUCUUGGGAAGUUCUGUGAAUAAAUGGGGUUUCUUCCCAUCUCACUGAACCCCAUGGUUUCCCUCACCCUGUCCUCAAAGGGGUCAUAGGAAAGCAGGGCUGGAAGAGACUACACAAGGUCGUCUAGUCCAGUCACCUAUUCAAGGCAGGAUUAUCCCUGACUAAACCAUCCCACUCAAGUGUCUGUUUAACCUGAUCUUAGAAAAAAAGGAUUGGGGUUCUACAGUCCCUUUAGGUAGCCUGCUCCACUGCUUAGCCAUUCUUACAGGAAGAAAGUUCUUCCUAAUCUCCAAGCUAAAUUUCAAGGCCAUUGCUGCUAGCCCUGUUCUAGUUCUAGUCAUAAAUACAGGAUUAUUGCUGAAUUUCAUCCAGUUGAUUUUAGACCUUUUUCUCUGAUUUAGCCCAGUCAUUCUACCUCUUACCCUCCCCCCAUCUCCACCCCAUGUCUGCAACUCCACUCAACUUGGUGUCAUCUUCAAAUUCACCAAGUGUACACUGAAUCCCAUCCUCCAAAUUAUUAAUACAGGUGUUAAACAGAUACCAGACACAGGAGACUCUGGGAAAUACCACUUGAUAUGUCCUCCCAACUAGACAUUGAGCAAUUGGUAACUACUUGUUGAGUAUAACAAUCUUCCCAGCUACAUAUCCACUAUACAUUUCUUUAAUUUAAUCUGUACUUCUGUAUCUUACUAAAGAGAAUGUAGUGGGAGACAGUGUCAAAAGCCGUGUUAAAAUCAAGGAAUAUCACAUCUACUGCUCUCCACCCAUCUA